CUCAGUUGUACUAGGGUACGCGAUCACGCGCUCGCACUUGUGCGCCUCAUCAAAUUCGACAAAGUGAAAACGACGUUUCAAGUACACGGCGAAAUAUGGAGCUCGUUUUUUAUCUGACCGGUGCAGUUUUAGUAACGUGUGUUGUGGCGGCUGCGGUCCCGGUAAAUCUUGCAAUGAGCAGGACUGCCGUACCGUAUUGGCAUGUACCUUGCGGUAGUCUUGAAGAUUACGAACAGCUGAUUGAUACGAGAAACGUCGACGAAGAAAUGAGUUCAAGUCUAAAAAAUCUAAGGAUUCAGCACGAACUCUUGAUGAAUGAUUAUCUGAGUAAAGAUUAUGAAUUUCUGUACGAAAGAGUUAGAAUUGGUGUACACGAACAUCAGUACAUACCCAAUUGGUUACCCGGCAAAAAGGACGUGCACGUUAUUAAACGGUUGAAACACUUUAAGCCACGAAUGAUUAUUAAUCAUCUGCCAAAGUUACAUUCGGAUCUUCAGAAAUUCGCAGUGGCUUUAGAAGAAAUGGUCGAAGAUGAAACUUGGACGCCAAAGGUUCAAGAUGCUUUGAAGACAACACAAUCAUAUUUGAAAAUGAUGCUUUGUGAAGUAGAAAGUAGUAUAAUUUUACUACCCGGUAUUCAACUGCCAGGGCGCAUUGAACGAGGUAUCAUGAGUGAGACAGAGCGGGAACCCGUUGACGAUACUCGGAGACUGGUACGAGAUUGGGGAAUAUUAUUGAAAUACAAAGACUAUUUGCAUGCUUGGCGGCACGUCUUUGAUUAUUGAUAAGGCUUAUCGCGAUUUAGAUCAAUUGUAAAUAAUUUCACUAGUAUUUAUUUAUUUAUUAUCUAUCAUUUUACUUAAAGUGAAAGUUGGGCUUUAUUAUUUAUGAUGAACUAUAUUUUUUAUAAUGAUUUUUUCCAUUGUCAAGAUUAUACGCAGUAUUAUGU